AUGGAGCCCCCAUCGGCCUACGACCCUCUCAAAGGCAACGACCCUAACGGCUUGCUGGCAAGAGUUGGUGGUGUAUGGGCCGGGUCAGAGCUUCAAAGACAGUUCCAAUAUGAAGUUGCCGACCUACUUAAGCGAACAAAACCUUCCUUUCCGGGCGCUCAACCAGUCUCGUUCGCUGCAAAGCAUCUGGAAGAACUCAAACGCGAAGACUACUAUGUUUGCGAAAAGACCGACGGCAUGAGAUACCUCUUGUGGAUGACAGACGACAAUGGCCGGGCUAUACAUUACCUGAUCGACCGCAGAAAUGACUACUACUUCGUUGACGGCCUCUUCUUCCCACACCAGGAUUCUAAAGACUUUUCGAAGGCUCACAAUCACACGAUCCUCGACGGUGAGCUAGUCGAGGAUCGCUAUCCAGACGGAACAUCCAGCAUUAAAUUCUUCGUCUUCGAUUGCCUCGUACUGGAUAAGAACGAAUUGAUGCCACGCCCACUUGACAAGCGUCUGGCCUACUUCAAAAACCACGUCCUUGAGCCGUACAAAAAACUACUCAAGGCACAUCCAGACACGUCGAUGCCAUUUACAACCGAAGAUAAGAACAAUGAAUUCUCUUACGGUCUGGAGAAGAUGUUCAAGGAAACCAUUCCGAAGGUGAAAGAGUUGCAUGGAAAUGAUGGUUUGAUCUUUACCUGCAAAAACACGCCGUACUGCUCCGGCACCGAUCCGCACAUCCUAAAAUGGAAGCCACCUGAGGAGAACACUGUCGAUUUCCUCCUACAUAUCAGCUGGCCCUCACUCCAACCAGAUCCAUCUGACCCAGAUCAAACCCCGAUAGAGGACUUCUACGCUUUCCCAGAAGAGUUUGGGCUCUAUGUCAACUAUGGAGAGAACGGGCGGUAUGAAAAGCACGAUACGCUGUACAUGUCACCCGAGGAGUGGGAGCAAUUAAAGGCCAUGAACCGUCCGUUGCAGGACUGCAUCGUCGAGUGCUUUCAGCAGGAGGUCCCUCCUAUCAACGGUAUGAAUGGCUACGGGCCCACACGGAGAUGGCGCUUCCAUCGAUUUCGAGAUGAUAAGGAUGACGCCAACCACAUCUCCACAUUCGAAAGUGUCAUUGAGUCGAUCGAGGACCAUGUCACCGAGGAAGACUUGCUCAAACAUGCCGCCGAAAUCCGAUCUUGCUGGAAGGCUCGAGACGCACAGAAACGUAGUGGUAGAUAG